AUGAGGGACACGUGUGUGGCCCUGCUAGGGGAGUUACAAAAGAAAGUAGGGAGAUUUUGUGCGAGUCCCGCGAAUCAAAGGAAAAAAGAACGGAAAUCGAAAAAGAGUUUUUGGCCGCCUUCAAGAAACUGGAAGGGAUGGAAGGCGUGACCACGGACAACAGUAGUGAGAAAGGGAUUCCCCAUGAGUUGGAGAGAGAGCGCGAAGCGGGGCGCAAAGAUGAGGCAAUGGAGGUUCAAGAUAGACAGAUAUAUGCAGAUCGCUCGAGACGACAUUCAACAUCGAUGGUUUCGAAAACACCGGCGUUGGAAGACUCAGGUUCGUCUAUUUCUCAGCAAUUGUUGAUGUACCUAAGAUCGAUGGCAUGUAGUGACCCAGGGGUGUUCAGAGGCACUAAGGGCGAAAGUUUUGAAGAGUUCCUGAGAAGGUUUAAAAGGAANAACCCUCAUAGAAAUAUUGAGCGACGACCACUUAGCAGGGGAGGCAAAAAGCAUAUUCGCGGCUCUUCCGAGGAUAACGAAAGAGCAGGGGCUCGAUGCAGUGACAAAGGAAAUGGCUAG